ACCGCGGCCAUGGCGGCGCCGCCGCGGAUCUCCAGCCGUACCGCCCAGCGCGAGGAGCCAAGCUGGUCCGCAACCUCGUCGAUCACCCGCACGUCGGUGCGCACCGCGUCCUCCGGGUCCCCGGAGCUGACUGUCCUGCCGGGGCAGGUCGCCGAGCCGCCGGGCAAGAGCCUGUGGGAGCAGAUCUGCGAGGAGUAUGAAGAUGAGCAGCCUCCCUUUCCAGAAGGAUACAAAGGCAAACAAGAAGCCGUGAUGACUGUUUCACCAUUGGAGGAGAUGCUGUCCCAUGGCUUCAGUACAGAGCACUGUUUCCCAGUUCCGCAUUUCCCUGUGACCUCAUAUAAACCCUGCCCUGAAGAAAAAGUGGAGACAGUCGAUCCAAAAACAUGUUCCCCCAAAGAAUAUCUGGAAACUUUCAUCUUUCCAAUUCUGCUUCCCGGAAUGGCCAGCCUGCUUCACCAGGCAAAGAAAGAAAAAUGUUUUGAGAGGAAAAGAACCAAAUUCAUUGCCUGUGAUUUUCUGACCGAGUGGUUAUACAACCAAAAUCCAAAGAGGAUAGGGGAGCCGUUCACAGAAUUCUUCUCCAUUCCGUUCGUGAAGGAGUGGCUUAAGGAUCACCCGAGGCCACCAAUCCCACUCUCCCUCCUGCUGACAGAAGAGGAAGCAGCUCUCCUCAUUCAAUCCUUCUGGAGAGCCUAUUUGGUUCGCUGUGAUCCUGAGAUUCAAGAAUUGCGUCAGUGGCAGAAGAAACUGAGCGAGGACAAGCACAUUCGCCACCAAGUCCGAAUUUUCUGGACUAAACAAGAACAAAAAGUGAAAUGCAAAAUGGAGGAUGAUGAGAUGCCUGCAGCCAAGAUGCCAUCACUUUAACCGCAGUUGGUAGCUUUUCCUGUCCAAGGAAAAUGCCCAAAUUAUGCUUCCUCUACUGUGAUUUCUUUAACAACAAGACUUGGUACACGUGAAAACGGAACUUUUUUCCACACAAGAUAGGAUUUGUUGCAAAUAUGCUUUAGUGCAAAUAGUUUAUAAAAGAAAACACCAGUCCUGACUUUCUGCAGUAUCCCAAAAUUUUAUUUUUUCGUCCAGAUGUUUCUUCAGUGCUUCCGGAGUAUCCGUCUACGUCAACUGCUGUUAAAACGUGCAAUGAACUCUAGUCCCGAGAGAUGUUGGAGUGCCCUUGUUACCGGUUUUCCCACUUUUGGCUGCUUUUGCAGAGAUCCAUGUUCUGAUUUAAGUCCUAAACGUCUGACCUGGGUUUUAAGCUUACCUGGUGACCACUCUUUUUAUAAAAAAGACAUCAUUGCUUGUGAUCAUUUCCAAAGGAGACCAGAACUUUGACUUUCAUUGCAAACCCAACAAGAUGAGGCAUUGAAACGCAGACAACAGUAACAAAAGGGUGUUUGUUGUCUAGGCCCAGAGUAUUAUAGAAAGUUCAGCUUUUAUGGGUAAAUUAACUUAUUACCCUCAUUUAUCUCGUGGUUUGCCAUUAACCCGGAUUCUCCCACUCAGAAUGUCACAGCUUCAGCCUCAGGGCAGAUCUGAAAGCCUAACAGUUGUACUGUGUUGUGUUGACAAGCUACCACACAUCUUAAGUAAAUAGUAAAGCCUUUAUUUUUGUGUUAAGAACAGCAUCUUGAAAAUAAAACCUAUCUGCCCAUGCUUUACAACCUUUUAAAUUUGUAGUAUUUAUAUAGUCAUUUACGGUACACGUUGAUUGUCUUGAAAUUUCUUUAACGAUUUUUUUUUAUAUAAGUAUGCAACAGUCAGCCAGGGGAAGAUAAAGGUACAUUAUAAAACACACAUUAAUGCAUUUAAUAAAUAUAUAUUAUCUAUCAAAAAUGAGCCUUAGCUCUUCAUUAAUUAAUAAAAAGCACCUGCCGAGAACUCCUGUCAGCUGGUAGAAUCACUGCAUCAUUGGAUUACAAAAGCCACAAUGCUCCCUUUCCGUGUGGGGUUCGUCAGCCUUGGCCAACCAAGAACACCACCCCCAGUUCACACCUGUUCAAUGGGCCCUGACGACAUCUAUGCUAAAAA